AUGUUAGUUGAAACAUCAAAGCUUUUGAAUUCUAUAAUUAUUAAUUAUACAUUAAACGAAAAUACAAUUGAAAAAUUUAUUCCAUUUAUUCUUGAGACAAUUUCACAGUAUCAACUUUUAAAAAGUGAUGAUAACGUUGAUAAAGAAAAGACGCUGAUACUAAAUAAGUGGUGUUUACGUGUAAAUUCUUUAUUAAAUUCCAAAGUGAUUGGUGCGAGAUGGGCCGGAAUUUGCUUUGUUAAAUUAUCGAUUGAGCAAUCUGAAGCUUUAUUUGUUCAAAAUCUACAAACAUGGCUCACGAAACUUUUGAAUUUUCUUAAGAGCAAAGAACCAAAUUUUGUAAUAAUAGAUGUCAUUGAUGCAAUUUAUAAGUUGAUUGAGAAAACAAUUAAUAAAUCAGAACUACAAAAAGAAAUUACUUUCACAUAUUUACCUAAAGUCAAUUCAAUUUUAUUAAAUUUAUCAGAAAAUAAACAAUUAUUGCCAAACAUUUUGUAUUUUUUAUCAUUUUCAGCCAAAGGAUUUCCAACAAUUUUCAAACCAUUUUUAGAAAAUACUCAAAAAUUAUGCUUGAAUAAUUUAUUAAAUGAUGAUAAUGGCUAUGAAUCUUUAAUUGUCAAGUCUUCAAUUAGUUGUUUAUCAAAUACAAUGAAUUCCAAUAUAAAGUAUAAUUAUUUAAGCGAAGAGCAACAAAUAUUUGAAAUGUCAACUAUUUCUGAUGAUUAUAUUACUAAAUUUCCAAUAUUAUUUUCAAGAUUUCAAUGUUUAUCUGAAUAUUUGAUAUCAAUAUUAAGUGUGCCAACAUUGUUUUCCAUUCAUAUUCCAAUAAAUCAAAUUCUUGAUUUGAUCUGCAGAACCUUUAAUAAUAAUAAUGAGUUAAUUGUUAAUAAUAAAGAUAAAAAUGAAUAUUUAACUUUAAUCUUGGGAAUAAACUCUCUAUAUUUUCACUCAAUCAAAAUUUUGUCAGCUUUAAUUCUUGGUUGUGAAGAAUAUUUAUUAAGAAAUCUAAAAUUAAUAUCAACUAUAAUAAUAAAAGCUUUGAAUCAAUCAAAAAAUCAAUGGUUACUUAAAAAUUCUGUUUAUAAUUUAUUAUCAAUAUGUAUACAGAAAUAUGGGAUUGGAUUUGUUAAUACAGUGACAAAAUCAAAUUCAUCAACUCUAUUGUUUGAUUAUAUUGGAAACAAGAAAAAAAAACAGGAUAACAAUGAUCAUGAUUUUAAUCAAUUGUAUGACAUCAACAAAAAUAACUUUUCUACUGUUCAACAGAAUAUUGAUUUGCAGAUUUCUGCAUUAAAUGUAUUGAAAAUAUUAUUAACAACUUGUGGCAAUUUGGCACCUGUGAAUUAUCGAGUUACAAUUGAUAACAUUUUAAUAUAUAGAAUUAUUGCUGAUAUUAAUCAAUUAGAAAAAUCUAAUAAUAAUAUAGGAGAAAAUAAUCUCACACUAAAAUUAUAUGAAUGUUUAUUAGCUUCAAUAAUAUCACCUUCACAAUUUCAAUCAACAAUACUCCCACAAGCAAUAAAUCUAUUCAAUUCUGGAUUAAAUUUAAAAUCAUAUCAGAGUCUUAAUAAGAGACCACACUCAAUAGAUGAUGAUUUUGAAAUAAAUCAAGAUGAGAAUGCACAAGUUUUUAAAUCUCAAAGAAUGAGUGAAAAUAUUAAUGAUGAUGAUGAUUUUGAAAUGCCAGAAAUCAUUCUUGAAGGCCCAGAUUCAGACUAA